CGCGCGCCCCACAUUUACCCGCGCUUUCCCUUCCCUUCCCUUCCCUUCGCCUCUAACUCAUCGCCCUCCUCCCCCCCAACCACACCGAACCCUAAUGGAGCUCCGCCGCGCCGCGCUCUCCUUCACCAACACCGCCCUCGCCCCCUUCUCCUCCCUCCCCAACCCCUCCCUCUCCGGGCGAGAUGGUAAGAGAUGGAGAGUGGUGUGCUCCAAUUCCACUAAACCAUCACAGGGAAGUCAGAUGGUGGUGUCAAUAACUGGAGCUACUGGCUUCAUCAGUCAAAGAUUGGUUCAGAAGUUGCUAGCAGAUGAUCAUAAAGUUCGUGUUUUAACACGAUCUCGGGCAAAGGCACGAUUAGUUUUUCCUGCUGAGAAAUUUCCUGAAAUUCUAAUUGCUGAAGAAGAAGAGUGGGAAAAAUGCAUUCAAGGCUCAAAUGGUGUUGUUAACCUGGCUGGAAUGCCCAUAAGCACAAGGUGGUCUUCAGAGAUUAAGAAGGAAAUAAAGAAAAGCCGGAUCAAUGUUACAUCGAAGAUUGUAGGAAGUAUAAACCGCACUAAUCCAGAUUUUCGGCCUUCAGUUUUGGUCAGUGCAACAGCCAUCGGUUAUUAUGGGACGAGUGAAACUCAUAGUUUCGAUGAGACAAGUCCAUCAGGAAAUGACUAUCUCUCAGAGGUGUGUAGAGAAUGGGAAGCAAGGGCUAGUGAAGUAGAUAAUAAUGUUAGAUUGGUGCUUAUUCGUAUUGGCAUUGUUCUUGGCAAGGAUGGUGGUGCUCUAGCUAAAAUGAUCCCCCUAUUUAUGAUGUUUGCUGGAGGUCCUCUAGGUUCUGGAAGGCAAUGGUUCUCUUGGAUUCAUCUAGAUGAUUUAGUGAACCUCAUAUGUGAAGCUCUAACAAAUCCUUCUUAUAAAGGUGUAAUUAAUGGAACUGCACCAAACCCAGUUCGGCUGUCGCAGAUGUGUGACCACCUGGGCCAAGUAAUCGGUCGCCCCUCUUGGUUGCCCGUACCGGAGUUUGCGCUCAAAGUAGUCCUUGGCGAAGGCGCCUCAGUUGUUUUGGAAGGUCAAAAAGUGCUUCCUGUAAGAGCGAAGGAAUUAGGGUUCUCAUUUCAGUACCCUUAUGUUAAAGAAGCACUAAAGGCCAUCGUGAAAGAGCUGUGAUUGGAAAAUUUAUUUCCCGUGUAUCAUUUACUUAUUCUUUCUUAUAAAGUUCUUCCAUGAACAUGGACAACUAUUCACAAUUACAUCAAUGAUGCUUAACGAUGCUUAUAUAUUGAUUAGUUAAGCUAAAGGGUGAUUUGUAUUUUUGCCUAUUUAAGUUCCCAAAUAUUUGUUAGUUUCUUAA